GCGGCCGUGGCAAGUUCAGGCAGCCGAGAGACGUUCAAAAAAAGUUAAAUAAAAAAUAAAAUGAAUAAUAAAAAAGUCAAAUAAAAAGCAAAAAAGUGGAGCGCAUCCCAUAAGCAAAUCAUCGCUGAGCCACUCGAACACGUUGCCGCCGCUGCUGCUGCUGUCUCUUUCGCCCCAGUGCUUUCCCUCUCUACUUCUCGCGUCGCGUAACGUAAGCGUAUUACAAAACAAACGCCAACGUAAUCAAAGAAAUAAAUAAAGUGAAAUAAAGGCGCUCGCCCGCGUGUUUCCCAGUGUAAAUAAAUAAAAUAAAUAAAUUAGUCACAACACAUUUAACGGGGGUCCCACUGGAGCCCCCCAAUAGCCGCGCACCCCUUCGUAAAAAAAUUUAACCCGUGUGUGCGGCGGGGUUACGUAAAGCCGACGGACAAGCGCCGUUCCAAGUUCUUACAAAACAAACAAAAAUAUAAGGAAAAAAGAACACAGCCCGAAAAAAUAUACCCCAAUUCUUUUUUUCGCACGCGUGUGGCAAUAAAUUUUUGGCAAACAACAAAAAAGGAAAAAUACAUAAAUAUACAAAAAAAAAAUUUAAAUAAAUUGGAAGAAGCAGAGGGAGAAUUUCGUGAUUGUGUGUGAGAGUGUGUGUGUAAUUCUCAAGCAACAGCCCACCCCGCACCCCGCGAAAAACCGCCCCUUUUUGGGGAAAAACACGGAGGCGCGGUUCAACCAGCGACAGAUGCCUCGCUGCUGCUGUUGUCAAAACUUCUUCUUCAGUUCAAAAAAAACAGCCAAAAGCAGAGCACGCAAAAGAUUAAUUGAUGGCAAAUGAAGUGGAAGAAUAAUAAGUGGAAUAAAUCUAGUGCAAGUGAACGAAAGUGAAGUGCAGUGAUGUGAGAUAUAGAUAUUGUAUCUGCAAGAUACGAUUUACGCCGUGGCAGCAACGCAAGCUGUUGCAUACGUGACUGCUGGCAGCUACGAAAAUAAAAUACAAAUAAUACCAGCCAAGGGAAUACGAAAUAAAAUAUAUAUAGAUAUACAUAGAUAUAGAUAUAUACAGUGAUGCCUCUGUCGCAGGGCUAUUGCUCGAAGCCCUCGCUGGGCUCCAAGAAGCGGGCGGUGAAGGUGCUGCUCCUCGAACAGGACCAGGCCCACAUCCUUGCGCCCGGCAGCCAGGCACAGUGCUACCUGCCACACAGCAACGACAGCCAGAACUCGCUGCACCUGUCCUAUCUGCUCGGCGAGUCCUUCGCCAAGGUGGGCAGCCUGUCGGAGGCCUUCGAUGUCUACGAACUGAUAGCCAGCAGGCAGCUGGACGGCCACGUCCCUCUGGAUAAAUUGAACACACUGGCCAGCGCUCUGACCGCCCACAUCCGACAAAUGGGCGGCAUUGCCACGCCGACCGUGAAGAGCCCCAGGAUUUCGGAGAGACAGGACAUGAUGCCCUGGUCGCGGUACCACCAUCAGGGCAAGCAAAAUCUCGGUGACUCGGGGGAAUUCCUGCGUGGAGUGGGCGAGCCGGCGGGCGAGACCAGUCCAUCGCCGCUCGACCUGCACUCGCCCACGCGAGAACUAAGAGUGCCGAGUCCGCUGCAGGACUCGGAGGACUUCGAUCCGCUGCUGUGUCCCCUGUGCGGCGACAUCCUGCGCUGUCCGGUGACCACCAAUUGCGGGCACACCUUCUGCCGCCAAUGCUGCGAGACGAUCACGCAGUGCAACAUCUGCCAGGUGCGAUUCCCCCGCGUCCAGGACUCGUCGCCAGGACCGCCGGUUGGACCCGCCUGCGCCCUAACCACCACCACGUCGAGUGGUGCGGGCACCAGCUUCUUCACCGCUCCCUCCAACCACAAUGCGAACCUCGGCCUGAUGAGCUUUCCCAUGGGCUACGGCGUUCAGCUGGCGUCCAGUGUCCACCGCUUGGCCGCACCGCCCAUGACGGUGACCACCACCACGGUGGCCUCCACCACGGCCACGGCCACCACCACCAUGGCGUCCACUUCGGCGGCCGCUGCCUUGGGCUUGAGUGGCUAUCCCUCUGUCCACGGCGGAGGCGGUGGCUCCAGCGCCAUGAAGUUCAUGCCGGACGUCUUGGUGCGCCGGCUGGUCGAGAAGUGGUGGGGCCCCGAUCUGCAGGCCAAGAAGAUCAGCGAGAAGGCCAGCAGCUGCAUGCACCUCAACCUGCUCGACGACGCCCUCAAGUUCUGCAACGCCAGCUUGGAGAAAGCGCCAGCAAAUUUCAAGAGUCUCUGUCUGCGUGCUGAAGUUCUCCUAAAACUGAGCCAUUAUCAAAGUUCCCUAGCGGACAUCGAAAAUGCGUUAAGAACGCGAUGCACUUCGCCAAAGGCCCACUAUCUGAGGGCUUUGGCCUUAAGCGGUCUAGGUCGAUUGGAGGAGGCUUUGUACAACGGCUUUUUGGCUAUUUGCCUUGAUAAAAAUACAAAUCUCAGCAACUCGGAAAUAUUUCAACAUGAUCUCGCCAAGAUUCUCCAACGUCUCCUGGCCCAAAUGCCGAAGAAUCGAUCCUCGAUCAGCACGGCAACGCCACCAGUUUUCCAGCCGCAGCACCGCAGUUUUGCCACCUCUCGGGCACCCUAUCCUCUGCUUUGGGAGCAGGUGCGCCGGCGCAGGAAACAGCAGCACCACCACCCCCACCACCAUCACCACCACCACCACCAUCAUCACGUCCACCUGGACGAUGUGGAGGAUGAGUUCGGCCACUACGACAACUACAUAAUGGCGGGCGAUGACAUGGAGGAGGAGGUGGAGGUCGAGGUGGACGGCGGGGAGCCGGGAUCCCUGCAUUUGGACGGAGACUUCCUGUUCCCCAGUCCCCUGGACUUUAUGGAUCACCAUCGACAUCAGCGGCAUGUCUUCGAGCAGAAGCAGUUCGAUUUGCAGCCCCGUCGCCAUGCGAACCGGAAGCACUGCAAGCGGAAAUGGUCGGUGGCCAUGGAGCCACUCGGCGGUAAGAUCAUCGAGGAGGAGGACGUGGACCAGGAGCAGGCUGCUGGCGAGAGUCAGCGGUGCAGUCGACUGUUUGUCGGGGUUGUGGAGCGCACGCAGCAGGAACUGCAGCGACUGAGAAAGCUGGACGGAUCGGAGCUAUCGCUGGCGGUGAGCUCGGUGGCCGGGCAGCUGAUCGACGCCAGCGACUUCGACUGCGUCGUCUGCAGUCGGACGCUGUGGAAACCGGUGGUGACUCCGUGCGGACACACGUACUGCCUGGUAUGCUUGGAUCGUUGCAUGGAUUACAACUCCCCGUGUCCAUUGUGCAUGUCGCCACUUGUGGAGUUCAAUGUGAAUGCCAGUGCCAGUCAGAAUCCGAAUCCGAAUCAGAAUCAGAUCCACCUGCAUCCGGGCUCAUCCUCGCCAGUUCCUUUCGCGCUGGCCAAGCGGCCAGUGACGAAGUUCCUAGAAGCCGCAAUGAAACGAUUCAUUCCAGACCACUACGAGGCGCGCUUCCGCCAGGAGAUCGACCAGGAGCCCUCGGUGCCGGUGUUCAUUUGCACGGCAGCCUUUCCGGCGGUUCCGUGUCCCCUGUUCGUUUGCGAACCGCGCUAUCGCCUGAUGGUCCGGCGAGCCGUUGAGUCCGGGGACAAGACCUUUGGCAUUGUGCAGCCGAAUGGCGGCAAGUCGAGGUACUAUGAUAUAGGAACCAUCCUCGACAUCCGCGACUGCGUUCAGUUGGGCGAUGGCUGCUCCAUUCUCAGCACGAUUGGCUGCAAGCGCUUCAAGAUCCUGGCGCGGAACGAGAAGGAUGGCUAUGAGACGGCCAAGGUGGAGUACAUCUGCGAUGAACCCAUAGCCGAGGAGCAGGUGAAGAUCCUGGCCGGGAUGCAGGGAGUGGUUCUAGCCAAGGCCAGCGGUUGGUUCGAGAGUCUGAGCACGGAGCAGAAGCACGAGAUCCUGCAGAGCUAUGGCAGAAUGCCGCCUUUGGAGCCCAACUGGGAGCUCAUCAGCGAUGGACCGGCGUGGGCGUGGUGGGUCAUUGCCCUGCUGCCACUCUCCCAGCAGCUGAAGGUGGACAUACUGGCCACUACCUCGCUGGAGAAGCGGCUGCGUGCCAUCGACAAGACGCUGGACUGGCUGCACGACCUGAGCCACCCGCAGCAGCCGGCGCACCACCCGCUGAACCACCACCAGCAGGCACCACAGUCGCCGCAGCAGGCCCACCAUCUCGAUCUCGACUGCGAGGAGCAGGAAGCCGCCUCCUCCGGCUCCGAUGAGUGCUGCCUCUUUGCGGAAAGCGGCAACGAGCCGCACACGGACGAGGAACUGCUCCUCUAGAACGCCUAGAUGAACCCUCUGAAAAAUUGAAAGAGAAAGAAGAACGAUAGAUUGAAAGAGAGAAAUUAAAAGUCAGAUAUCUGCAAGAAACACUUUUUUUUUGUAAAUUCUGUGUCUAAGCCAUUUCGUUUGUAAUCGAACGUUACAUGUUAAUCCUAGGGGCCAAAACCGAAAGCGAAGCAACUUUAGCAGAACCAAAAUUAUCACUAGAUCAGCAACAUAAUCUUUAGCUCUAACCGAUAACUUUGUGUGUGUGUAAUGUAUAUUGUAAAUGUGUGUAGGACAACUAGAGAGCAACCCAGAGAAUUUUGUUUAGGAGCAACAACAACAAACACCCAAGAACCCCAGUGAAACAAUCAAAAACUUGCUUUUGGCUCAAGCCCACAGCCCACAACCCAAAAACCAUAAUUGUUAAAUUUUUUUCCCUAGAUCGACUACAACCACAUUCCACAAAUCUUGAAAACACGUUUGCCAUAGUGAAAGGAGCAAAGGAAGGGAAAUAAGCAAGAGAAUAAAGUAUAAACUCUAACAAACAAAACUCAUGGUUUCUACAAACAAAAUACACAAAUUUUUGAACAUAAAACAAUUUUAAAAUUACUAAUAAAAUACCAAGUCAAAGGCCAACAAACAUACACCUAGAAAAAAUAAAAACAAACCAAUCGGUUAGGAAAGAGCCAAGAAAACGAACUCUUAUAAAAAGUUUAACUUCUUUUCAUUUACUUUGUAUAAAGCGGCUGGAACUCUAAGACAAUCUGCAAUAUUUUUUUGAUAUACCUAAACGAAACUAAAAACUAUAUAUACAAGAAAUAAUUAAACGAAAACUGAACUAGCAACUAGUUAUGAAGGAUGUGAAUGGGAGAACCAAUGUGAAAAGAAGUUUCAAAUUACCUUUCUGUUGAUUAAUACCCUUUUACUACGAACACACUUAAACUCUGACCCCUCUCUAUAACACCCUACUCUCUCUUGAUUAUGCUUAGGCUAACUAAAUGAUAUGCUCACCUAUAUAUACCUAUAUAAAGAAUUCUAUAUGCAAAAUGCUUAUUUCUGUAUUCGUAUCUGUAUCUUCAGCCCGCAUUCCUAUUGAUAUAACUUUGAGAACAUUAGCUAUAUAUUCUUUGUAUUUGAUUUCUUCUACAUGUAGGCCUCACGCUCAUUUUUGUAUUCGUUUUUUAUUAUUCGAGCUCUCCCUAUAAAGCAAAUCAAUUUUAAAAACAACAAUUUGCUUUAUCAGUCGGCACAUCUUUAUCUUUGUAAAUAUCUCUUAUCGCAUAAUCCUAAAAUGAUAUGUACAUCUUCUACUUUAGCUAUAGAACACGAAUUUAAUUUUCAGCUCAACACAAAAUCAACAAACAAAUCAAUAUAACAAUUUUUGUCAAAUAAAUAUUUAUGUAAUUUUAUACAAAAUAUACAUAUGUAUUUGUCUUAAUUAAAUCAUUUUGUAAUUAAGUUUAGCAACUAAAGUAAACCACAAAAUUUGACAUCAUGUUUUUGUGUCCACUUUAUAUGAAAAAUUAUUGUGUACAUCUUUUUGAAAAUAUAAUUCAAAUUUCUAAAGUUCUUAAAAAAAUUAGCGAACAUA